CUGAUGGGUUCUUUCUGCAUGCUAGGUCUUUUUAGAGGUGGCACAAAGAUUUCAGUAUUUCUUUGAGUAUGCCAAGUUCCAUAUCAGUGCCAACUCCCAUGCUGCCAAGGUAUGCGCUUCUAAUUGGUACCAUAACUUUCCACUCUUCCUAAGCAGAGUACAGCUUUCCUAUGCACAGUGCAGGAGGUUAAUUUGAAAGUUGUCUGUUAAUUUAAAGAAGUUUGACCUCUGAUCUACAUGCAAAUCUUGUGGAGCAAUGCAACUUUAAUUAUAGAGAUACAUUUUUGGGUGUGGGGUGUAUGGCUUUUCUGUGAUUUAAUGUUGGAGACAAACCUGAAGUGCACUCCUACCCUGAGCUAAGUAGCAUCCACUGUGCUCCGUUCCCUCCCCAGUUGCCACUUAAACUGCUAGUAAUAACAAAUCCUUGAGGACAUCAAUAGAGUCGCUGUGUUGAAUAAUCGCACACUAUCAGGCAGUAGGCUUGCAGCAGCAGCUCCAUUGCCUGUGACAUCACUCCUGAAGCUCAAACCCCACUCUAAGCUGCCUUCAUUAGUCAGUGUGUUGGUCUGUCUGCUUUUUUUCCAGAUCUACAGACCGUCACACACGAGAACAGGUUAUUUGCAGAGGGAGGACAUUGAGCAUCAGUAGCCGGAGAAUAAGAAGCGAGACAGACAGAGACACACAGAAAGAGAGAGGAAUAAAGAGAGCGAUUACCAGCUUCACAGAACACAACAGACGCUAACAAUAUGAAAUUCAUCUUGCCUCGUUACUUGCUGUCCCUUUUCCCUGUUCUGGUUCUCAGCAGCACCAGGAGAAGGGCAAAAUGUUGCCCCACCUCUCCUCUAUUCCCUGCUGAUUUAAUGAAGCGCAAACUACUUUUGUACUUUGAACUCUGCAGCAAUUGAAGUAAGCAGAGGAUGAAAGGAGAAUGUGAAAGUAAGAGAGAGAAACUCGGACGUUUAAAAAAAACUGUUAAAAUGGACAUCAGAACUUUUUCUGCCAAAUCAGUUGGAGUAUCUCUUUUGCUGGAUUGAGAUAUUCAGAUUCCACAGAUUUUAUUUUCUUAUUCUUUUUUUAAGAGAGAAGGUGGAUUACUUCUUCAGGAAUCCUCCCGAAGUGACUAUUCAUCUUUGAAAUAUCAAAAAGUUCAUUGACUUUAAAUCCUGAAGUGGGCUUCUAGCCACUCUUGCUUUUGUUGUUUUGCCUCUUUGUUUGGAGACAUGUUUAGCAGCCUGUGUAGCUCCCACAGCAUCCCAGGAACAGAAAAUUUGCCUACCUGUUCUCCACUCCUGAUUUCUGACUUCUGUUCUUGAAGGAACCUUCUUCAACACUAGGUAGCCAUAUGGACUCAAGUCAUAGGAAGAAUGGCUUUAGUCAAGGAGAAAAGCUGAAUUGCAAUAGCAAUAGCACUGGAGAAAAAGCACCUUUUCAGGUACCUCUGCUUCCAAGCAUUUUUGUGUAAUGUGUAGCAUUUAUGGACAUUUUGCUUAUUGAAAGUUAAAUAAAAUGUGACCCUUAUGCUUCCCUUCCUCCUGAAUAUAUUUCCAGUUUUCCUCAGAGUCGCCAGUUAUGACUUCCACUUCUUCAGGGGAUGACUGGUCACACUGUGUGAGACACAUUUUCAGUAUGGAUACAUUUCAAUAAAUGUUAUUUUUGAAAUUUGUUCACAGGCAGUUUUAAAGUGUUUCAACAAUUUUUGUAAUUUAUUCACACUGGGAAGAGACAGUAUGGAAAUAUAAUGAAAACUUAUAUAGAGAAUUGAAACUUUUCUGAAGUUAUGCCGUUAUAUCACCCAACAAAUCAAACUGCUUUGUAAACUGUUUUUCUUCAGUAAAAGCAUCAGUAAGAGAAAUAUCUGCAGGCACACCAAGGUGUGCAUCUCAUUGUAUUUUCUUUAGAUCAUGGCUAUCAACCUUAAAAUAAGGUUGCAGUCCUAUGUGUACCUGCCCAUGGAUGGUGUUGUUAAGGGCAUUUAGGAAAUACAUCUUAAUAGACAUGUAUACAGUUGAAUUGAAACUGAUUUCUCCUUGGUAAUCAUUCCAAGAACAGUACUCUGGACUAUUCUUUAUUAACAGAAUCCUUUGUUGAUUAUACUGGAAAACAUUUUACCCUAGGGAAUAGAAUAUAUCAUUUUCUAAAAUGGUUUUCAGUUUGAAUUGCAAUAAAAUCCUGCACUCACUCUCAAGCGUGUAAGCCCAAGAAAAUGCAGUUUAGUAAUAAUAUUUCUUAUUAAAUGGGUGUCCAAAUAAGAGGGUUGUUUCUUUUUUCUUUUUCUCAAAACCCCCAACUCAGAUCUCACAUUAGUUUAAUGGCAGGGAAAGGGAUUAUGGCAGGGUUUUUUUUAAUGGAGCCAUUCUACAUCAGUAUGAAAUUGCAUUAUAAAGCACUUUGUAAUUUAGUUCAGAGAAACAAACAUAAUGUUAGUGAACUUUGACUAAAAUGAUAGAAUAUUAUGGAGUUGUGUUAUAAAAAGGCAUGACUUUAGCUUUCAUUUUAAUUUUAUUUAUUUCUCAGAAACCAUUCAUAGCCUACUCUUCUAAAGCUUAAGGUGUUUACAGCAAACUUUCCACAUCAGUGCCUCCUAGCAAAAAAAGAAGCAGCAAAAACAAGACAAUCCAAUUGGUGCCUCAGGCAUCUUUUGUAUUGCUUAAUCAAUACAUAUUGUUUUAAAAGCAACAUAAAAUGUCAUUUUAAUAAUUCUUCUAUCUAAUAUUUGGCCAUUUAAUUAUUGGUUUUAAAUGUACUUCACUGAGUAUCUUGAUUAUUCUUUCUGUUAAUGCUGGGGUGAAGCAAUACAAUUUCUGCUGCAAAGAAAAACAGAAGAAACUAUUUUUGAAGGUACUAUCUAAACUAUAGAGGGGCCCCUGGUGGCACAGUGCGUUAAAGCGCUGAGCUGCUGAACUUGCAGACCAAAAGGUCCCAGGUUCAAAUCCCAGGAGUGGAAUGAUCGCCUGCUGUUAGCCCCAGCUUCUGCCAACCUAGCAGUUUGAAAACAUGCAAAUGUGAGUAGAUCAAUAGGUACUGCUCCGGCGGGAUGGUAAUGGCGCUCCAUGUAGUCAUGCCAGCCACAUGACCUUGGAGGUGUCUAUGGACAACGCCGGCUCUUUGGCUUAGAAAUGGAGAUGAGUACCAACCCCCAGAGUCAGUCAUGACUGGACUUAACAUCAGGGGAAAACCUUAACCUUAUCUAAACUAUCCUAUUUGUUAAAAUUAUCUGAACAUCAUUUAUGUCUCAUGAGCUUACUUGUUUGUCUAGCUUGUUUUCCAUGAAUGUGGACAAAUGUGUACAUGAUGAAGAAGCACAGAAGAUAGCCUCAGAAACACUACACAAUUAUAGUGCUAUUUUCCAUUUUAACUGUCAUGAUAGCAUUUUAUAGAAUCCUGGGCUUGGCAGUUAAGGGAGAGGCAUUUAGACUUCUCAGCUAUAUAACUCUACAAUAAACUUUGUUAAUCUUUAAGAUACCAUACUUUUUCUUUUUUAAGAUCUUGUUUCUGGAAUAUAGGAUUGAUUUUCUGUUUGCAAUAAUAUUUUUAAGCAUUCUUUUUUGUUUUAUAAUGAUGGGUUUUGUGUUAUAGGGAAUCGCUCAUGACCGAGUAUGAUUGUCUUCCAAGGGCAGAGUCUUGGCAGUGGGUCUGUAAGUGACUGUGGAGAUCUAUUCUAGAUUCACAUUGUGAUGACUCAUGGGCCUUGUAGUCCUGUUCCUAGUACUAUUGUGACAGACGAAGAGGAAAACAUGGGAUUUUUGCCGGUUCAGCCAGAGCCGGAGCCUCCUCAGUCUCCUCACCUGCAGGAUGUUGAUGUUUGUCCUCAAGAAUCCAGCCAAACAAGCCUUGGGCAGAAUUCUCCCCCGUUUUCCCAAAAGGACAAUUAUAAUAGAGAUAGAGGGGCGAGGGAGGCUAAUCGCCGGUCUCUCAGAAUCGCUGCCAGACAAUUAGCUGAUUAAGCCUGCUUCCCUUGGGAAAUUCUAAGGAGUCAUGCAUCUGGACACAGUUUGGGUUUCACUUCUUGUUCUCCAGGGAAAGUGUUCCUUGGCGGGAAAACAAGAUCCUAUAUAGGUGUUUUGCCGCAAGGGGAACCUUGCGGAGUCAAUUCGUCAACUCGAGGAGUGAGAUCGUGUGUGGACUCCAGUUCCUUGUUUCCCGGAUCAAGUUCAAGCCUGCCUUGUUUCGCGUUUGCCACGGACCUUGUUUUUGCUUCUUGUUGCCUCGUUUCAAGUCUUGUUCUAGCCAAGUAUCAAGUUUGUUUUCCAGCCUAGUUGUCAAGUUUCAAUGGACUAAAGGACCUUGUCUUCUCCCCACACUAUUGCUUGGCAAAGUGUGUGUUUCGGUUAUUGGAUUAUAACUUUGGACUUAAUAUCUUAUAUUGGACAAUUUAUUCCUGGACUAUAUUUGACCUCAUCAGAAUGGUCUGCUUCUGAACUAUAUUCUUCACUUGUUUUUAUUGACUUUAUAUAUUCCUUUAAUAAGGAUAUUAGAUAGAUUCUGGUCUCUGCGCUUGGUUAUUGGUGCUCUGCAGCCUGGGUCCUGACAGUUUGACUCCGCCACCCUAAGCACCAAUUCACCUAGGCCAGAAUGUCUACAGGAACCGGGGCGGAAGCCCAACCACUCAGCUAUACCAUUUCCAAGGAAGAAUUCGACAGGAUCCGAGAUACCCUCCGAACGCAGGAGGGAGAAAUACGGGGCUUAAAGGAACGCGGUGUCCGGCUCCCUGGCCUAACGCUUCCAACCAAGUUUUCUGGAGAAGCCUCCAAGGUUCAUGUUUUCCGUCGCCAAUGCCAGGCGUACAUAGAAGCCCGCCAAGCCGAGUUUCCCCAAGAAGAAAUCAAGGUGGCGUGGAUUUACAGCCUCCUAGAAGGGCCUGCGGCCAAUUGGGCGACGGCGCUGUUUGAUGCGGCUUCCAUGCACCUGAGUUCCGUGCACAACUUCCUGAAUCACCUUAGAGCGACGUGGGGGAUCGAGGACAACGAGGAGGCGGCCGGCCAUAAACUCCGGCGUCUCUUCCAAGGGGACAGACAGUUGUCCCAGUACAUAGCCGAGUUCCGGGUGUUGGCUCAAAACACCGGCUGGAACGAUAUAGCCCUCAGAGGACAGUUUCGUGAGGGUCUUAACAUCGAGAUGCAGGAAGAAAUCUCUAAGGUGGAUCCUCCAGAUUCCUUAGAGAGACUUAUCAAUCAUUGUCUACGAGCCGAAGUCCUGCUUGCCAACAAAAAACAGUGGCUCCGAGGCCAGAGUGGAAGAGCCGGAGUGACACCCCCUGCUUCCGCCAGUAUUCAGCCACGUCCAGUGUGAAGACCCCCACCACCAGCCCCAAACCCCAGGGGAAGCGAGGAGGAGCCGAUGCAGUUGGGCAAUGUGCGCCCCACACUAGAUGUUGCCGAGAAGGCGCGCCGCCAACGUUUAAACCUCUGUUGGUACUGCGGGAACGGGGGCCACUUCGCCAGAGAAUGUCCAGCCAAAAGAAAGCCCGCCGCUCGCUUGGCGGCGGCGUCCUCCGCGGAGACGGAGACGGCCGAGGCGACUGGAGCAAGGCUGGCGGGGGAAGCCAGCGACUGGGCGUAGAGAGGCUCGCCAACCCGGUCAAAAACCCCACUCAAGAGCCGCAAACCGGGGUCCUAUUUCUCCUAGUGGUCACGCUGUGGUCAGCGUAAAAAGGACCCGUCAUGAUCCAUGCCAUGAUAGACUCAGGGGCGACAAACAACUUCAUCGAUAGAGAGUAUGCCGACUCUCUAGGAUUACAAUAUCAUGAUUUCAAGAAUGCCCGGGUGGUGCAGGCCAUAGAUGGCCGUCCACUAAAGACGGGUCCAGUAAGCCAAUGGACUGAACCCACCAGAAUGUGGAUAAAAGAACACAUGGAAGAAAUUUCCUUCUUCGUUACCGAGGUGCCCCACUUCCCUGUGAUAUUGGGGAUUCCAUGGCUGACACUUCACGACCCAAACAUCUCCUGGUCCAACAGAGAACUACAGUUUGCCUCAAGAUAUUGCCAAAACCAUUGUCUAGUAGCCAAGGUCUGUCAUGCCACAGACACCGAGCCCAUCAUCACCUUGCCCAAGAAAUAUUCGGACUUUUGGGAUGUCUUCAAUGAAAAGGAAGCCGAGAAACUACCCCCACAUAGACCCCAUGACUGUGCCAUUGACUUGGUGGAGGGGGCCCCGAUUCCGCGAGAACACCUCUACUCCCUGACUGAACCAGAGCAAGAAGCUCUCAGGGAGUUUAUAGAGUCAAACCUUCGCAAGGGGUUCAUAAGACCCUCUCAAUCCCCAGCUGCUUCCCCAGUGAUGUUUGUGAAAAAGAAGUCAGGGGACCUACGCUUGGUUGUGGACUAUAGAGCAUUGAACAAUAUCACGAAAUGGAACCGUUACCCCUUGCCUUUGAUCUCAGACCUAUUAGACCGACUCCGAGGGGCCAAGGUUUACACCAAGCUGGAUCUACGGGGGGCUUACAAUCUAGUUCGCAUCAGAGAAGGGGACGAAUGGAAAACCGCUUUCCAGACCAAAUUCGGAUUAUUUGAGUCCCUAGUAAUGAAUUACGGUUUAUCCGGAGCUCCCGCAACGUUCCAGCAUUUUGUCAACGAUAUCUUCCAGGAUUAUCUAGACCGGUUCUUGAUCAUAUAUUUGGACGAUUUUUUGGUGUUUUCUAGAUCACAAUCGGAACAUGAGCAACACGUCAGAAUGGUGCUACAACGAUUGCGAGAUCAUGGACUAUAUGCCAAGUUAGAGAAAUGCACCUUUGAUCUACAAGAGGUAGAUUUCCUGGGAUACCGUGUCUCGCCACAAGGGCUCUCCAUGGACCCAGCAAAGGUUUCAGCAGUAUUGGAAUGGCGGGCGCCAACCAACAAGAAGGAACUGCAACGCUUCUUGGGGUUCGCGAACUACUACCGCAAAUUCAUCCCAGACUUCGCCCGCUGGUCUGACCCAAUCACCAGCUGCAUCCGUGGGAAACAACCUUUCCGCUGGACGGAGCAAGCAGAGAAAGGGUUCCAGCAACUAAAGAAGUUAUUCACGACCCAGCCAAUUUUACAGCACCCUGAUCCUAAAACCCCUUUUGUUGUGCAGGCUGACGCCUCUGAUGUGGCAAUUGGGGCUAUACUCAUGCAACCAGUGGGAGAACAUCUUCACCCUUGUGCCUAUUACUCCCGUCAACUAACAGCCCCAGAGAGAAAUUACACUAUUUGGGAGAAAGAACUUUUGGCCAUAAAGGCAGCCUUUGAAAAUUGGAGACAUUGGUUAGAAGGGGCCAAAUUUCCCAUUGAGGUUCAUACUGAUCAUCGAAAUUUAGAACACCUAAGGACCGCACGAAAGCUAAAUCAAAGGCAACAGCGCUGGGCUUUAUUCUUUGAACGUUUUGACUUCCAGAUCCAUUAUGUAACCCCGGCUCAGACCAAGCAGGCAGAUGCUCUAUCACGGAAACCAGAGUAUGCUGCAGGACGCAAAGAGACCUUCGAAUCUCGAUUGCUGCAGCCCGAAAACUUUGCCACGCUCACAGUGGGAAACACCAAAUCCACUUCAAUUGAACCAACUCCUUCUAACCCAGAACCCCUUUGCGCUCAAGAAAUUAGAGCCAGUCAGCAGGCAGAUGCCUGGGCUCAAGAACAGAUUCACCAAGGACUACGUUUCCCUUUCUCACUUAAGGAUGGGCUACUGUGCUACAGGAAUCAUGUUUACAUCCCUCCAGGUCCAGGUAGAGAAAAGGCACUUCAUCUAUGUCAUGACUGCAAGCCAGCAGGGCAUUUUGGACUUUUUAAAACCAUGCACUUGAUCCUACGGGAUUUCUGAUGGCCCAAGAUCCGCAAGGAUGUGGAGAAAUAUGUCAAUACCUGCCCGGUAUGUCAGCGUUCCAAGACGAGAAGGGAGAAGCCGACAGGGCUACUGCAUCCCCUUCCUACUCCAUCUCGCCCAUGGGAGAUAAUUUCCACGGAUUUUAUCACCAACCUACCACCUUCCCUUGGAUUCACCACGAUCCUAGUGGUGGUGGACCUUUUUACCAAGUUGGCCCAUUUCAUUCCCUGCGAUGGUCUCCCCACGGCCAAAGAGACUGCAGAUUUAUUCCUUCAGCAUGUUUUCCGACUACAUGGAUUGCCCAAGAGUUUAGUCACGGACCGUGGAUCUCAAUUCACCUCUCGCUUCUGGAAGGCACUACAUUGGGCAUAGACUCUCGUUUAUCUUCAGCUCAUCAUCCCCAAACGGAUGGGCAAACUGAGCGCACCAAUGCCACUUUGGAACAAUACCUUCGCUGUUAUGUAAACUACCAGCAGGACAAUUGGGCUUCCCUGUUACCUCUAUCAGAAUUUGCUUACAACAAUGGUUUCCAGGCUUCAACUAAAGAAACCCCGUUCUUUGCAAACUACGGCUUCCAUCCACGUUUCUUCCCUUCUGUCAUUGAAUCUUCAGAAGUCCCUGCAGCGGAGGACUGGUUGCAAGAACUUACAGCGGUGCAACAACUCUUGCACCAACAACUGGAUCAAGCCAAGGAGGACUAUAAACGCCACGCUGACGGCCAUCGUCAGCCGGGCCCCGAGAUCAAGGUAGGAGAUCGGGUUCUAUUGUCCACUCGCUUUUUGCCCUCCCACUGUCCUUGCCGGAAGUUAGAUGCCCGUUUCAUUGGUCCCUACCCAGUGGUGGCGCAACUUAACCCCAUGACUUUCAAACUACAACUCCCGCGCUCCAUGCGCAUUCAUCCGGUGUUUCAUCGUUCCCUGCUCCUUCCGGCGGAUGGGGUACGCCCCGAUGUGGACCAGCCGGCCCCCGCCCCUGUUUUGGUGGACGGGGAGGAGGAAUUCGAGGUUCAGGACAUUUUGGAUUCUCGCUUUCAUCGCCGUCGCCUUCAGUAUCUCAUUGACUGGGUGGGUUUUGGGCCCGAAGAACGGUCUUGGGAAGACGCUUCCACGAUCCAUGCCCCCGACUUAGUUCAUCGCUUUCAUCAAACCUACCCCGCCAAGCCGCGGCACUGCAACUCGAGGAGAGCGGCCAUGUUUGAGGGGGGCCUUGGGGGCGGGGAUAGUGUGAUGACUCAUGGGCCUUGUAGUCCUGUUCCUAGUACUAUUGUGACAGACGAAGAGGAAAACAUGGGAUUUUUGCCGGUUCAGCCAGAGCCGGAGCCUCCUCAGUCUCCUCACCUGCAGGAUGUUGAUGUUUGUCCUCAAGAAUCCAGCCAAACAAGCCUUGGGCAGAAUUCUCCCCCGUUUUCCCAAAAGGACAAUUAUAAUAGAGAUAGAGGGGCGAGGGAGGCUAAUCGCCGGUCUCUCAGAAUCGCUGCCAGACAAUUAGCUGAUUAAGCCUGCUUCCCUUGGGAAAUUCUAAGGAGUCAUGCAUCUGGACACAGUUUGGGUUUCACUUCUUGUUCUCCAGGGAAAGUGUUCCUUGGCGGGAAAACAAGAUCCUAUAUAGGUGUUUUGCCGCAAGGGGAACCUUGCGGAGUCAAUUCGUCAGCUCGAGGAGUGAGAUCGUGUGUGGACUCCAGUUCCUUGUUUCCCGGAUCAAGUUCAAGCCUGCCUUGUUUCGCGUUUGCCACGGACCUUGUUUUUGCUUCUUGUUGCCUCGUUUCAAGUCUUGUUCUAGCCAAGUAUCAAGUUUGUUUUCCAGCCUAGUUGUCAAGUUUCAAUGGACUAAAGGACCUUGUCUUCUCCCCACACUAUUGCUUGGCAAAGUGUGUGUUUCGGUUAUUGGAUUAUAACUUUAGACUUAAUAUCUUAUAUUGGACAAUUUAUUCCUGGACUAUAUUUGACCUCAUCAGAAUGGUCUGCUUCUGAACUAUAUUCUUCACUUGUUUUUAUUGACUUUAUAUAUUCCUUUAAUAAAGAUAUUAGAUAGAUUCUGGUCUCUGCGCUUGGUUAUUGGUGCUCUGCAGCCUGGGUCCUGACACACAUUAUCUUUCACAAUGAGGAUAUAGAUUUCCAUAUUGAAGGUGGUCAUGACAAGGGCUGCUUGACGUGCCUUCCUUUUGGCACAUUUCUCCCUUUUGCCUCUAUCUGUGCCUCUUCUGAAUCCACAGCACCGUAGGUAACAGCUGACCUCCAGUUAGAGUGCUCAAGGGCCAGGGAUUCCCAGUUCUCAGUGUUUAUGCCACAUUUUGUAAGGUUAGCUUUAACCUUUAAAUCUGUUUUGCUAUCUGCUAAGAUUUUGUUAUCUGUUCUAGUGUUAAACCACUAAGCUUUAUUUCUGGAAUUGCAAAGCGAUUGGUUGCUGCCUGCUGAUAAAGCACUUUGGUUUUCUUGAUGUCAUCUUUAGUUGACGUGGUUUUCUAGGUUUUUCUUGUUUUCUUGUGAUUUGAAAUUGCUUCAUCUUUUAUUUCCCAGAAAACUGCAUAUAAGUAAUGGGUAGCUCAGAAAUUUGAAAAAAAAAACCAACAAAACACAGAAUUAAAAGUAUUUGAAGCUAGUUAUCUGAAUAAGCAUUCUUUGCAUUUUGGAGUGUUUCCAGACCCCAAUUCAUCAGUCAUCAAUAUAGAUAUUAAGUUGAGAAAUAAAUGCAUUGCGGACUAUGAGUGUGAGUUGAUGGAAUGAUAAUGAAAAGGUACUUAGACCUUUCUGAGGAAAAAAAAUGUUUCCUUGUUAGCUACUGUAAUGAACUGGUUGAUAUACCUGAUCAUUUCCCCAGUAUAGCACUCCUUGUCAGCAAUCAUAGGAGUGGAUUCCUGAUAAAUAUAAUGGGCCACAUCUCUCCUACAUAUAGCUUUCAUUGAUUGUAAUGUCCCAAAAAAUCAAUAUUUCUACAUCAGAGAUGGACUAAGAUUUAAGACUUCAUAACUGCUUUGACGACUUAUGUUUUAUGUCACAAAAUAUUAAGAAUUUUGAUUUAGAUCUCUUUGUUUCAAGUAGUUUAAUUUUGCAUUGUAUAAAUUAUUGGUUAAUUUUUAAAUGUAUGUUCAGGCAUGGUGUUAUUCAUCUAUAAUUUGAAACAGAGGAUCUUCUGUCAUCUUCUUAAAUGGUGUCACAAAACUGGGGGGUUGGGGGUGGCAUAACAACGCAAAUAACAACUUGCUAUUCAAAGUGUUGAAUCUAAUUAUUGCAUAAUAAUUUGAAAGUGUGAAGCUGUUAGCACAGGAGCUGGUCACAAGGAUAAAUUUAGCUAAUGGCUGUAACUUAGAUAAAGUUACUUGUGUUUGGUAAGACACAAUUUCCAGGCCAGAAGCAUUGUGCACUGAAUGCCAGUUGUUAAUUUUAUGGGAAAACAGCAAGGGUGGAUGACCGAGUUCCUUUUUUAUUGUGAUUAUUUAAGGCUUGGAUACAAAUAGUUUAAAUGGAAUUCUGGCCUAUAUGGAUCUUGUUUUGAUUUGGCAGACCUCUUAUACUCUUGAAGAGGGUUAUAAUAAGAGAAUCUUGAUCCAUUCUGUCCUCCAGCUUAUUCAGGAAAGUAUUUCUCACUGUGCACUUGGUUCAAUCUGGGGAGUGAAUUCCUACAAGCAAUCAAAAUGUGAAGUGAAGAAUGUGCACCCUUGUCUUUACCUUCAUUCAUGACACAGUGUGUCAGCACCCAUCAAGCAGUGAGGAAAAAAACUAUGAAACAGGAAGAUCACUUAAUAUGUGUAAGCCCCUUGUUGUUGUUGCCUUCAAAAUGUUAAAUGUUAUACAUGUUAAAUUUACCCAACUAGCCAAUUCUGGCUGGCUCCCAUAUCAACAGUUUUGAACAGUUUUGAGCUUUACUCUAAACCAGGCCAGCAUAACCUGUUGUGGACUUCAGUGCAAACCAUCUCUUCUGAUAUCCCAGUGCACACCUUGUUUCUUCACUCUCUGCAAAGUCUGAAUGGAAGUUCUAUUCAGGUUCAAUAAGCAGAAAGGUCCAUGUUUCUCUGUUUUAUUUUAAUCACAUAGAACAUUUUACAGAUUCAGAUCUUUCAGAUUUAUGUGUUUAUGUGUCUUAGUUAGUUCGCUUGGGGAUAGCUUGCGUUUCUAAGGAGUGAACCAGACUUAUAUAGCAUAAAAGGAGAAUUGUAUUUCUUAUAUCUCAAAUCUUACUAUAUUUCAUAACCCUCAAGGUCCUAAAAUCAAAUGAAACUUUAAGGAAUUUGGCAUUUUCCUCCUUACAAACCAGCCUGAUAUACAGUUCUUGCACAUUUCAGUAUACACAGAUGCAAAUAUCACGGAAGAGCAGGUUGUCCUAUAUUGCUUUAUUCUUUUUCUGACAUACUACCAAUGAAAUGGGUAAUCAAUCAGCCAGUUACAAUGAUAUUGAAGUUCCUUCUGUUCUGAGUCAGCAGCAUGUGAAUUCAUGGUGUGGACAGCCAUCAUUGGAAUUAUUAUUGCCUCAUCCAUUACAGUCUUUAAUCAUCCCUUUUGCAGCUUCUUAGUAAUGACUCCUGUUGAAAAAUAGAGGGAAAGUCUGUCACAUAUAAUAGGAGGAAAA